AUGCACAUUACAGAUCAAUUCUACAGACUAUUUUCAAGACAAAAUCGAACUGCCCUUUUUUCAAACGGAGUAAAUUCUCAGGGAUGUGAUCCUCGUUGUGAUUGUGACGAAGUAGCAAAAGGUUGCCCCGGUCCUCGUCAUUGUAUGAAACCGGAUCCAGAUAAUUGUAACACUUUUAUUCAAUGUAAUGAUGGAGGACUGUUAUAUGUAAUGCCAUGUGCAGUUGAUUUAGAAUGGAAUGAUAAAGGACUAACUUGUGAAAGACCAGGAAAUAGUACAUGUCAUCCACCAGCUUUGAAUGUAGAUUUAGGUGUAGAUCUUUAA